CCAAGCUCGCCUCGCAUUGUAUCGCACUGCCAGCGCCGGAGCGCGUCCGGGCAGCGCCUCCGGGCAGCGUUACGUGUGCCGCGUGUCGCCACGGGCACACCAACCCAACGUGCGACGCCACAGGGCAGCUUGGAAAGAGAGCCGCAGGGCAGCCCUCGGAAACAGCCAUGGCGGCGCGCAGCGCGACGCCGGACUUCGGGGACGACGGCGUGGAUGAGGUCGACGGCCGGUUUCCGGAGCCUGUUGCAGAGCCGCGAUCCGAUGCGGACGACCCGCCGGCGCUGACGUCCGGUUUCUUCGGGCGGCGCAAGGUCGUGCCGCCGAUCGGUGAAGCGAAGACGCCAACUUCUACGAAGAGCCGGACGUCGCAAGCGGAGGAGAAGCUCGAGGAGAUGCUCGAGUCAGGUAAGCACUUCCUCGAAGGAUUGGGCACGGGACGGCACGGUGUCAAAAGGCAGGACACCCUCGACAAGAACUACUGGUUAUCCCUAGAAGACGAGGCGUCCAAAAGCAAACAGUUCGGGAGCCACCCCGACUUAAUACUAAAACAGAAGAACCGCAAGAAGUGCCGCCUGCGAUCUAUCGAGCAGUGCGAGUUCCCCAAAUCACUCAAAGAUAAGAAUCUGUGGGUGUUGAAUCCGCAGAAUAGGUAUUCCUGGGACUUGACGAUUCUAGUGUUGAUUAUUCUGGUGAUGGUCCUGGCGCCGUUUGAAAUCGCGUUUGUCCGCGCGUCGGUCGGUUUCAACCGGAACGCAUGUAAUACGAACCACGCGGGCCCGGAGUGCCAUAAAGGUUUUUUACAUCCUGAUAGAGUUGGCUUGUUCGUCGUGAACUUGUUUAUUGAUAUAUGUUUUGUGGCGGAUAUCUUUCUGACGCUGAAUACGGCGUACUUCGAUUCUGGUUCAGGUGACUGGGUCAUCGACCACUGGCACAUCUUCCUGAAUUAUCUGCGGAGCUGGCUGAUCUUGGAUAUCCUGUCGGUGUUGCCGUGGGAGUUCAUGCAGAUCAACGGCAACGCGUCUGUUUUACGAUUGGCGAAGUGCAUGCGGUUGUUGAAAUUACUACGGGUCCUGAAACAACCAAGAAUCAUGGCGCGGCUCAAUCGCCAUUGUACGAUCCGGGCGGAGAUGCUGACGGUUAUGAAAUACCUAACAUUAUUCAUGUUCCAGAUCCACUUUGGGGCGUGUAUCCUACGAGCCAUCGACGGCGAGGUCUUACGACAGAACUGCGACUUCCACGAGUACCGGGACAUGCACAUGCGCCACUUCGACGGGGCCAAACCAGGAUUCGGGCGCGGAUCCGACCACUGUCCCAUGGAUCUCGUGAAGGGCGAGUGUCCGGUGUCUUGUCCACUAACAGUUUUAGGAUUCUACUGGAACCAGGGCAUCUGGCCCCAGUACAUCGGGGCCAUAGCCUGGACGCUGGGCUGCAUGCAGGGCGAGCUGAACGGGAAUAACGUCGCGGAGCUAUUACUGAAUGUAGCUAUGUCGAUCGCGGGUAUGAUUAUUUUGGCCUUUUUGGUGGGGGACUUGUGCAAUGCGGUGAGUAACAUGGAUCCGGUCAAGAACGACUUUACCUUGGCCUUUGACUCGCUGAACAAUUAUAUCGAUGAAGUGAAACCACCACCAUCCCUAAGAUACAAAUUACGGGAGUUCAUGUCGCUGUCGGAGGUGGUCUUCCGGGAGGACUACCACCGAGGCUUACUCGAACGAUUGAGUCCGGGAUUGCUGUCGGUGGUAGCGCAACAUAACCUGGCUGGUAUUGUAGUGCAACUCCCAUUCUACGUCGACACGUUACAUAGAGCAUAUAACUUAUUACCCACCGACCAUCUGGUGCUGAAGGGCGGACGAAACGCGAAGUUAAUAAAAAUUAUCCCCAAGAUGCUCGCGCUGCAGGUCCAUUUUGAGGGAGACAGUCAGUCACGUAUGGUUAAAAUGGAGAUGGUCGAUGGUACCAGAUUUGUGGUCAAGUACCCGAGGAACGCCGACGACGUGCAGCACGACAAAGAAGAUACGUUUAAGAAGCGGUGGGCCACUCUUAUUAGAGUACAUAGCAAAUUCUUAUUAUGUGACGUCCUUUUUGACGAAAAGCUAGAUGAGAACUUCAAGCGCUUCCAAACGAUACCGAUGAACUGGAUCGACACGCACUCCUACGGCACGGCGCAUUCGAAGGCGCGCAUGGCCCGGGCCUUGUAUGAAGAAAAUAGGUUCGUCGUUGCGGUGACGCAAAGACUCACCACUCGACUCUACAUGCCGAAAGAUACAUUGAUACGAAAUAAUUGUUCCUUGGUGGACGAGAUGUACGUCGUGCACAGUGGCAAGGCCAUGACCUUUGGUAGACAUACUGUGCAAUUAUUAUCCAUCAAGUUUAAAGGUGUUGAUGAUAUAAUGGGCGACGACAUCUGUACCUUACUGGUGGGUGAUCGCUUGCACCGUCGACGACACUUCACGGCGAAGGCCGAGUCCGUACUGCACGUCUUCGUGUUAAAUGGAGACACGUUCUGCGAGAUUGUGGAAAGCGGUAGUUUUGACGAAUUCAGACUAGGAGUGAAGCGCUACGGCUGCUUCCUGCGCAUCCAACGCGCCUUGAUCAUCCAGACGCGAGCGCGCAUGGGCAUGGGCGGCUGCACGUUAGCUAACUCGCAUGCGAUGACCUACGAAGAACAGGCGACCGAGGCCUUAUCUCCUAGGUCAAUGAGGCGGAACGCGAACCUCCAUUUAUCGCGGGACGAGGAGCAAGCUUUGGAAAGUGAUAGAGUGUUGUCCGCGUUGCGAGACGUCCAGAGCGAUCUCGCGAAGCUCGCGGCGGCGCCUGCUGCCGUUAGAAGGGCGUUUGCCGAGGACAACGGCGACUUGGCGGCCUUGGCGCCCGUGUUUGGGGAUCUAAAACGGCGCGUCGUCGGCGCCCUCGCCAAAAAAGUGACGCAGGGCCGGCGGCAGCGCCUCUCCGUCGUCUCGCGGCAGGAGGAGCAGAACAUCCAGCGCGCCGCGGGCUUCCGCCAGGCCGUGGUUUGAGAAUUCCUA